AUGGACAUGGGAAAGAAGCCCUCCCGCAAGACUCUCACAGACGCCCGGGACAUGGUGGUGCGCAUGACACACCGCGGCGCGAAGCAGGCGCAUGAGGACGACGGCGACGGCGUCGGAAUCAUGAUCUCCAUCCCAGAUGAGUACUACCGCACCUGCUGCACCUUCACGCUGCCUCCCGCCGGCAGCUACGGUGUCGGAAACCUCUUCAUGCCGCCACAGGAGGACAAGCGCGAGGACUCCGUCAAGCUGGUGGAGCGCAUGGCGCGCAAGCUGGGGCUCCAGGUCAUCGGUUGGCGAGCACCCCUGCCCGUGAACUCGCUGGUCCUCGGGCCUUACGCUAGGACCACCGAGCCCUUCAUCGCACAGGUCUACGUGACCCUGGCCGAGGAGGAGGCGCCAGACUCGGCCGGCGAGGAGAAGAAGCCCAGCAAGGCACGUGUUGGAGGUGCUCUGAGGAUGUCCCCCAAGGAGUUUCAAGGUCUGAACCUGGAGACGCGCCUUUUCCUACUCCGCCGCGCGGUGGCACUGCGCGACCGCGAGGUCUUCGUGUGCUCCCUCUCUUCCCGCACAAUUGUGUACAAGGGCCAGUUCAAGCCCAGCCAACUUUUCGAGUACUACCUGGACCUAAAGGCGGAGAAGUGCACAGCCUUCCUGGCCAUCGUGCACUCGCGUUUCUCGACGAACUCUUUCCCAUCCUGGAACCGGGCGCACCCAUUCCGACGCAUCGCCCACAACGGUGAGAUCAACACUCUUGCCGGCAAUCGAAACUCCAUUCGCACCCGCGAGGCACUGAUGAACGACACCUCAGCCUUUGGUGGUGCUCAGCUGGACGCCUUCUUCCCCGUCGAUGAGGACAUCGGCAGCGAUUCAGCUUUGCUGGACAACGUGGUAGAGCUCUUGUUGGCUGCAGGUACAAGGGACCUGGCAGAAGUCAUCAUGAUGGUGAUCCCGGAGGCCUGGCAGAAUGCCGAUCGCAUGGAACCCGAGAAGAAGGCGUUCUACAAGUACCUCUCCUGCGUCAUGGAGCCGUGGGACGGUCCUGCCCUGGUGUGCUUCACCGACGGCAUCCAGUUCGGCGCCACGCUGGAUCGAAACGGCCUCCGUCCCGGACGCUUCUACAUCACCAAGGACAAGCGGCUCAUUCUCGCCUCCGAGGUCGGCGUCGUGGACGUUCCCCAGGAGGAGGUGCAAUUCAAGGGCCGGCUGCGACCGGGCCGCAUGCUCCUCGUGGACUUCUCCGAGGGGAAGCUGAUCGAGGACAACGAGUUGAAGAUGCGAUAUGCCAAGAAACAGCCGUAUGCGAGCUUCCUGCAGACGCACAGCAUCGAGAUCAAGGAUCGGCUGGACGCCGAGGCCAAGACGGACGCCGCGCUCAUCGAGGAGCUGCUCGACGAGGAGCCCGGAAGCUUCGAUGCUUCGGACACGACGCUGGUGAACAAGCGCGUGCUGCCGCUGCUGACCUACACCGGCUACACCUACGAGAAGGUGGAGAUGCUCAUGGCGCCCAUGGUGAAAACUGGCGCAGAGCCCCUGGGCUCCAUGGGCCAGGACGUGGCGCUGGCCUGCAUGUCGCGGAUGCCUCGCCAGCCAUUUGACUACUUCUUCCAGCUCUUCGCGCAGGCGACAAACCCUCCGAUCGAUCCAAUUCGUGAGGCCAACGUGAUGUCGCUGACUUGCCCGGUGGGCCCCGAGAAGAGCCUGCUGGAGCCCUCGCCAGAGGCCUGCCGCCGCGUCUUCCUCGACUCCCCAAUCCUGGACACACGCCGCUACAACGCCCUCUUUGGCCUGGAGGCGGAUGGCAUGCCUACGGUGGUUCUGGACAUGACCUACGGCCUGAGCGAGACGAAGUCGCGGGCGCGGCAGGCGGACCGCGCGACGCGAGGCAACAACCUCCUCAAGGAGCGCCUGGACCAGAUCUGCAAAGAAGCCGAGGCUGCCAUCCUCGGCGAUGGCGCUGCCAUCCUGGUGCUGUCCCACCGCCGCGCGAGCCAGAGCCGCGUGCCUGUGAGCUCACUCUUGGCCGUGGGUGCGGUGCACCAGGACCUCAUCGCCAAGAAGUUGCGCGCUAAGGUUGCCUUGGUGGUGGAAGCAGCAGACGCCCACGAGAUCCACCACUUCUGCUGCCUGCUCGGCUUCGGCUGCGACGCCAUCUACCCCUACCUGUGCUACCUGAGCCUGCUCCGCGUCCGCGGAACAGACAUGCCGCUGAGCCAGCGCAUCGAGAACUUCCGCAAGGCCUCGGAUGGAGGCAUUCUCAAGGUCAUGAGCAAGAUGGGCAUCUCUUGUCUUCAGAGCUACAAGGGAGCCCAACUCUUCCAGGCGGUUGGUAUGGACAAGGAAGUCAUCGCCAAGUGCUUCACUGGCUGCAAGUUCGUCCUCAACGGGGCAGGCUUUAACAUCUUUGAGAUGGAUGCGAUGGAGUUGCAUAAGAUGGCCUUCCCCGACAGGCCACAGCCGCCCUUGGUCGACAAUGAGGUCGAGGAGCUGGAGGAUUUCGGCGAGUAUCACUUCCGCAGCAUCCACGAGACCGAGAUCCACAUGAACACCCCCGACGUCAUUUACAAGAUGCAGGAGGCAGCCCGCUCCAACUCCGGAGAGGCCUACAAGAUGUUCUCCACCUGGCAAAACAAGAUCACGGAGCAGACGGAGAUCCGCGGGCAGCUCGAGUUCCUGUCCGAGGAAUGUGAUCCCAUCGACAUCUCCGAGGUGGAGCCCGCUGUGGAGAUUGUCAAGCGUUUCUGCACCGGCGCAGCCUCCUUCGGGUCCAUCUCCGACGAGGCCCACCGUGCUAUGGCCAUUGCCAUGAACCGCAUCGGGGGCAAGAGCAACACCGGUGAGGGCGGCGAGGACCCGAUGCGCUUCACGCAUCUGGAGAAGGGCGAAUUUGAGGCUGGGUCUGUCAAGUGGGACAUCGUCAACGGAGACUCCUUCCGGUCGAAGAUCAAGCAGGUUGCCUCGGGCCGCUUCGGCGUCACCGCGGAGUAUUUGGCCAAUGCCGAGGAGCUGCAGAUCAAGUUGGCGCAGGGCGCCAAGCCGGGCGAAGGUGGUGAGCUGCCGGGCUACAAGGUCAUCGGCAAGAUUGCCGAGACACGGAAGGCCACGCCCGGUGUGGGGUUGAUCUCACCACCUCCGCACCACGACAUGUACUCCAUCGAGGAUGUGGCACAACUCAUCAAGGAUCUGAAGAAUGCCAACCCCUCGGCGCGCAUCUCCGUGAAGCUCGUGGCUCGCCUGGGCAUCGGCGUGAUCGCCUCCGGGGUCGUGAAGGGCAAGGCCGACCACCUGACCAUCUCCGGAAUGUCCGGUGGCACGGGCGCGGCAAAGUGGGGCUCCAUCAAGCACUGCGGACUGCCAUGGGAGAUCGGGUUGGCCGAGACGCAUCAGACUCUGGUCCUCAACGGCCUCCGCAACCGAGUGACCCUGCAGACGGAUGGACAGGUGCGCACGGGCCGGGACGUGGUGAUCGCGGCCAUGCUGGGCGCAGAGGAGAUUGCCAUGACGACAGCUCCGCUCAUCACGCUGGGAUGCAUCAUGAUGAGGAAGUGCCACUUGAACACCUGCCCUGUGGGCGUCGCGACGCAGGAUCCGGACCUGCGAAAGAAGUUCACAGGCCAGCCUGAGCAUCUCAUCAACUACCUCUUCAUGGUUGCUGAGGAGGCACGCGAGAUUAUGGCCUCGUUGGGCAUCAAGAAGUUCAACGACCUCAUCGGCCGUACCGACUUGCUGCGACCCAAGGGCUACCUGAAGGACAACCCCAAGACCGCGGACCUGGACUUCGCGGACCUCCUGAAGCCUGCCUGGACCAUGGAGAACUCCAUGAGCAACAUUGCGGACAUGCCGAUGUACUGCUGUGAGCCGCAAGACCACGAGCUGGCGCACGCCUUGGACCAGAGCCUCAUCUCCCGCUGCGCGCCUGCUCUGCAGGAUAAGGAGAAGGUCCACCUCAAGGGCAUCAACAUCAACAACGUAGAUCGCUCCGUUGGAGGAAUUCUCAGCUUCGAGGUCAGCAAGAAGUUCGGGGCCGGUGGGCUUCCGGAGGGCACGCUGCACGUCUCCUUCAUUGGCAGCUCCGGACAGUCCUUUGGCAACUUCCUGGCUCCUGGGAUCACCUUCGAGCUUGAGGGCGACGCCAACGACUACAUUGGCAAGGGCCUCAGUGGCGGCACCCUGAUCGUGUACAAGCCGAACCAGGCCCCCUACGCGUCCCACGACGCCAUCAUCGCCGGCAACGCCGCGCUCUACGGAGGCACGGCCGGCAAGGCCUUCUUCGCCGGCAUCGCCGCCGAGCGCUUCGCCGUGCGCAACUCGGGCGCCACGGCGGUCUGCGAAGGCGUGGGCGACCACGGAUGCGAGUACAUGACUCGUGGCACGGUGAUCGUCCUCGGUCAGAUGGGCUCAAACUUCGCGGCGGGCAUGAGCGGAGGCAUCGCCUUCAUCUUGGACAUGGAGGAGGCCUUGUGCAACAAGGCCAGUGUCCACCUCGAGGGCAUCGUCGAGGAGGAGGACAAGACGCUGCUGAAGGACCUCAUCACAGAGCAUCAGAAGUUCACGGGCAGCAAGGUCGCCUCGGACUUGCUGGCCAAGUGGGCCGACUCCUUGCCCCUUUGCCUCGGUGCUAAGACUUUGAGUGACUGA